ACCUUUUUGUUAGGAGACAUAGAGGAAGCCACAGUGGUCGCAAUGGCUGGAAAAGUUCUUUGUGAAGCAACAGAACUGUACAACAUCCUAAAUCAAUACACUCGUCUAUCGAGGCUUGCAGAUAUCAACUUUCUUUGUCUGAUUGAUGCCCGUCCAGCAGAAGCGUAUUACUUCAGCCACAUCAUUACUGCCAGAAAUGCAAAAUGGGAUUCUGAAGGAAAGUUUGUUAUUCCCAUGGAUAUUGAGGUUGAAAGUAUGAGAUACAUCAUUGUAUAUGAUAGCAGCACUGAUUCUUUGUUGGAUUCAGGUCCGGCCACAGACUAUGCAGACAGCCUUGCAAAAGCGAGCCGCUUUCCCAUUCAGAUUCUAAAUGGGGGCUAUGAGAAGUUUUCUGCACUCUAUCCUUUCCUAAGAACACACAAAAUUCUUUAUACAAUUAGGGAAUUGGAGAGCUUGGAGCCCUAUCCUGUGGAAAUUUUACCAGGCCAGCUUUACAUGGGAGAUUAUAGGCAGGCAACGAAUCUUCAAAUCCUCAAAGAUCUAAAAUUGAAUGCACUUGUCAAUCUCUCUGAUGAAUGCAGUCUAAUGUUUAAAAAGGCAAAAUGCACUGUCCUACACAUCCGAAUUGCAGAUUCUGAAAAGGCAGAUUUGUUAACAUCGUUUGAGAGACUGUGUGUUUUCAUUGAUUCACAUCUCAAUAGUGCUUCUUGUGUUAUGAUAUUCUCUACUCUUGGGAUAAGCCGAAGCUGUGCUGUAGCAAUGGCAUAUCUUAUACAUCAUCGCAAAUACAUGCUGAAGGAGGCAUGGAAUCAUAUUCAGCAAUGCAAAGCCAACAUGAGGCCAAAUCGAGGAUUUGUGCAACAACUGUCUGACUGGGAACUUCAGAUUCUUGGGCAGAGAAUUACAGAUAUUGCAGAGCCCAACUACUAACAACAAUCAAACUUAACAGAAACAAUGCAGUUCUUUUACACUGUACAUUUAAUUACAGUGAAUCAGUGAUGAUUCCAUAUCAUGCAUUUUUAUUUAUACAUUAAUAAAUACAGUAAAGGUAGUAAAUCAUUAAUACAUAAUUUACUGAGUAAACAGUAAACCUACUAUACAGACAGUGGAAGAAAGUGGAAA